GAAGUGAUACAAUAAAUACGAUUAAACCAGUAAAAAGUGCGUGUUUAAGGGAGUAAACACGAGAGAAUUUGUCACUUGAUAACGGUUUCAAGCGAUGUGGUUUAACGGUGAAGCCGACCUGAACUAAACAGCAGCUAGCCGAAGGACGAAGACAACCAGGCGGCGACGACGGCUCAUUCAUUUUGGUGUUCUUCCACUGAAACUUAACUUCACCUCAUUCUUCCACCAUCAGCUACCACCACCACAGAGCUGUUUUUCCACUAACCCAGCCAUGACGUUUAAAUGCCAUGCUGACGUUUGCGAGUCAUUUUAGCUUCCGUGUGUACAUGGUAGCUUUAUUAGGUAGUUGUUUUGGCUCUUUUAAAACUGGUUAUUUUGGAUAGAAUGGGGCGCUUAUGUGAUUCACACCGACUUGAAGAAUCUGUAGCCUCGAAAGGGCCACCUAACAGUAAGUGGCAGCUUCCCUAAAGUCAGGUUUCUUGAGAAGGAUCGAUAAAUAUGGGCCAUUUCGAAUCCUCCAUACAGUAGGAUAUAUGCAGACUCAGCACUGUCACACGAGUGGAGACUAUGAACUACGUGGGUCAGCUCGCCGGGCAGGUGCUGGUCACCGUCAAGGAGUUGUACAAGGGCAUUAACCAGGCCACGCUGUCUGGAUGCAUCGACGUCGUGGUUGUCCGCCAGCGGGACGGCACUUACCAGUGUUCGCCCUUCCAUGUGCGCUUCGGCAAGCUGGGCGUGCUGCGCUCCAAAGAGAAAGUGAUUGACAUUGAAGUAAAUGGAGAGCCUGUGGAGUUGCAAAUGAAACUGGGGGAUAAUGGCGAAGCUUUUUUCGUUCAGGAAACUGAGCAGCAGAAUCAGCUUGUCCCUGCACACCUUGCUACAUCCCCAAUCCCGACAGAGAGCCACCUUUUUUGGAUCUCAGAGGUGGAAGGCCGACCUUCGAAAGGCUUGGAAGAUGACGAUCAGGAAGAUUCACCUGCGCCUGCUAGCGUGUCUACGAAAAAAAAGAAAAGACGGCGGAAGAAGCACAAAGGAGACCCCCGGAGAGAAGAGCUGACUCCCCCAAUGUCGGUCACCCCCGCUGUUGCUGCUAACACACCUGCUGCUACUACCAACGAGGACAUAUUUGAAAUGGACCUGAGUUCUGAUGAAGACGUUGCAGUGCCACAUGUGUCCAGAUCACCCUCAAUGUCCACAGUACGAGACGUUGAUCCCAGACUCCCUGCGGCCAGACACAUUCUGGAUGGUUACGCGCUGUCUGAUGGUGACUGGAACACAAAUGACAGCCAUGGCUUAUCCCAGGCCUUUUCACCAAAGAGUGAUUCUGAAUUGAUGGUGAGACCUUCAGAGACACUGCUACGAGCUGAGUCACACAUGCAGUGGACCUGGGGAGAGUUUCCAGAAACAACUCGGGUGAUUAAAAAAGACAAAUCAGAGCUCCUUAAAAUGGUGACCAUCACCCCGACGGAGAACACCCAUUUCCGCGUCAUCCUGAGUUCCGAGGCCAUGGAGGAUGAUGGCGAAACAGAUGACGGCAACCACCUAGCGUGUGCUAUCGUCAAACCUGAGCCGCGCACCCUUACAAGCACCGUCACCACUGUGUGUGAGACUUCCACCACUCUCACGGAGCCUGUGGACUUGCUUCCGUACAACGUAGUCACCUCCACACCGGCUAACAGCCAGCAGAGUGACUCACCUUCAAAGAAGAAAGGUGUCCCAAAGAGAAGCCAUCAUCAGGGUCCUGAGGACAUCUACCUGGACGACCUAAAUGCACUUGAGCCCGAUGUAGCUGCUAGAUAUUUUCCCAAGAGCGAGGCUGAGGCAGCCGGAAAGCACUGGAUGGAGGCAGAGAUUCGCUCGGGUUCGCAGUCCCCGCAGUCGGUCGGCAGCGCCGCGGCCGACAGCGGCACCGAGUGUCUUUCGGAUUCGGCCGGUGACCUCCCGGACGUCACGCUGUCGCUGUGCGGAGGCCUUACAGAGAAUGCGGAGAUAUCCAAAGAAAAGUUUAUGGAGCACAUUAUCACCUACCACGAGUUUGCCGAAAAUCCAGCAAUUAUAGAUAACCCCAACCUUGUUGUAAAAAUAGGAAAUAGAUAUUAUAACUGGACUCUUGCUGCACCCUUGAUUCUAAGUCUACAAGCAUUUCAGAAGAAUUUACCAAAGGCUACAGAAGAGGCCUGGGUGAAGGAGAAGAUGCCAAAGAAGUCGGGCCGCUGGUGGUUCUGGCGAAAAAGGGCGGACAGUUCAGUCAAGCAGUCUGAGAUUAAGCUUGAAACCAAGGAGGAAUCUCAGUCAGGUGAGGAAGGAAUUGCCAUGACACAGGAGAAUCGCAGCUUAUUGACUAAAAGCAAUGACUCGUCCAGCGACGAAGAGGGCAAAGAGGUGAGCGCCGCGUCGUGUCAGGAGAGGCAUCAGCUGAGUGAUGGUCUGCAGCACUCCGGUGCGCACGCGUACAGGAAGUCGCUACGCCUCUCCUCUGAUCAAAUCGCCAGUCUGAAACUGAAGGAGGGCCCCAACGAUGUGACAUUCAGCAUUACCACACAGUACCAAGGGACGUGCCGCUGCGAGGGAACCAUCUACCUGUGGAACUGGGAUGACAAAGUCAUCAUCUCUGACAUCGAUGGAACCAUCACUAAGUCUGAUGUGUUUGGACAGAUCCUACCGCAGCUUGGGAAAGACUGGACCCACCAGGGGAUCGCCAAGCUCUAUCACUCAGUAGCUGAGAAUGGCUACAAAUUCUUGUACUGCUCGGCCCGCGCCAUCGGUAUGGCGGACAUGACGAGGGGCUACCUUCAGUGGGUCAACGAUGGUGGCACCAUCUUGCCCCGUGGGCCCCUCAUGCUCUCCCCCAGUAGCCUGUUCUCUGCCUUCCACAGGGAGGUCAUAGAGAAGAAGCCUGAAAUCUUCAAGAUCGAAUGCCUGACUGACAUCAAGAACCUGUUUCAGCACAACAAACAGCCGUUCCACGCCGCCUUCGGCAACCGAGCCAACGAUGUGUUUGCGUACAAGGAGGUGGGAGUUCCCGUUUGCCGGAUCUUCACUGUCAAUCCGAAAGGAGAGCUAAUCCAGGAACAGACCAAAGGCAACAAGUCCUCUUAUGGCAGGUUGAGCGAGUUGGUUGAGCAUGUGUUCCCACUGCUGAGCAAGGAGCAGAAUGAGGCCUUUGUCAUGCCUGAGUUCAGCUCCUUCUGUUUCUGGAGGCAACCCAUUCCAGCUGUGGAUCCUGCGGACCUGCUUUGAAACCCGCUCAGGUACUUGCUGUGUCCCGCCAUGGAGGGGGCUGAGAAGACGCAUAACGCACUUAAAUAGGUGGCCUGGAGGAUCAGAAGAUUUGCUGGUUUUUGUUUUUCUCUUUUACUGGCACCAUAAACACAAAAAGAGACACCUGAGAGGCUUGCUUUUGCCAAACAAAAAGCAGCCUUUGACGCACUUCUGGACCUGUUAACGGCACCUGCAGUCUCCGCAAAGUGUAAAUGAUACACAUUCAGUAUUCAAGGUCAUUUCUCCCGUCUCCCAACAUGAAGCAGCUACUCCUCAUAUGGAAUCAUCUCACUUUAAUCUUCGAUAGGACAAUAUAUAAUCAUAUAACAUGCUAUUUAUGACACCUCUGCUGAGUCAUUAUUUAUGAUUAUAAGUGAUAUGUUUAAGUUAUUGCUGAUCUUGAUGCCUUUUGCUUUGUCUGAAGUCCUAAAGAGCCACAAAGCUGUUAGACAACAUUAGCACUAAAUGCUAACAGUAAGCCUUUUUUGCUUUGAUUUUUCUUUUUUGAAGACAAUAACAGCACAUUUGUUAAGGUAAACUCACAUUCCUCAGCGUUUAGUUUAUAUCACUUCAGUUUCUUUGCAUCUUAAUGAAGAAUUGGAGCAAGACGUGAAAUGGUCUUGGUGACAAAGUUCAACUGAAAUCGUCCAUUUGAAAGUUUUCUACAAAAAUAUGAAGGAGUGUUGUUACUUGAUGAUCUAAACGCACUUGGUCUUAUAGCUGCUGUGCACAUUUCACAAAAAAAAAAAAAAAAAAGUGAAGUUUUGGUUUGAUUUCUUUUCCACAACAGAGCAGCUAAAAUGACAUUUCAUAGAAAAUUGCUGUGUAUUUAGGAUGCUGACUAGCAUCACCGCUGACCCGCUGAGAUCUAACUUGGAAAAAACAAGCAAACAAACAAAAAAAAACCCUCAGAAGAGCCGUUAUAAAAAGCACAGGAAAAAUGAUCAUUAAUGUAAAAAAAAAUUAUGUUAAGCGCAUAGCAAAAUCAUUCUCAAGGAUUUUUUUGAAAACAAGAACAAAAUAACAAAAAAAAUGGAAAAACAAUGAAAAAAAAAGUGUUUUCUUCUAAGUUGCCAUUUUGAGGUGAUGGAACACAAACAGCAAACUACACCUAACUUUUUUUCUCUCUCAGCAGACAGCAUGCAAAAAAAAAAACCACCCUCCCACACUAUACAGGUUUGACAUAAAAAAAAAUACUUGUGAAUCUCAGGUAUUCAACUUUACUCUGACCUUUCUCUUAUCCUCAUCUUGCAAGAACAUCAAAUAUUUGACAAACAGCAACAAUUGCAUUCAGUUAGCAAUGGAUGAUAAAAUGUCUAAACUCCUUUUCAGAAUGAGCUCUGAUGUGGAAAAUCCCACUCAUACAAGCUUUUUCUUGUUGUUGCCCAUCUCAUUAAAACAAAAAAGAAAGUGGUGGAUGUGCACAGGAAGAGCUUUGUGUAUAUGUUCCCGUGAGUUAGCAUGUGAGUGAGGACUGAACAUGAACAUACAGUCAAUUAAGAAAAGAAGAAAAAAAAAUCAGGACUUUAAGCACAAACGACUCUUAACACUGCAUGGUCAGUAUCGGUCAUCGUUAUUGCAUCAAUGGAUUCACGCUUGUUGUCUGGUUAGUAAUAAACAAAUCCAUUCUUUCUGUGAAAGUAAAGCAUCUUGUGUGGACAGUGCACACGUCACCCGAGGAACCGUCCCUCCGCCUCGCACAUCUCUUUGUUAUAUUUGACUACCAAAAAUGAUUUAAUUUAGAGAAGGGCAGAAUACUCAGUAUUGCCUCUUUUGUGCUUGUUCUUUUUUGUCCUUUUUUCAAAACUGAAUAAUGCUUGCUUACGUGUGGCCCAUCCACACAAACACCACAGAGGCAAUUGUAGAUUCAAAUGUGGUUUUGAGUCUUCAAAAGGCCAAAUGUAAAGAAAUAAUUAAAAAAUAAGGAAAUUGGCUUAGUGACGCUUACUUACUGUGGCAGUCACGGUCUUGUUUGUAUUCAAUAAAGUUCCCCUAAAACUCAA